CUCGAACUUUCAGGCUGUUGAUCUCUAGUUUCUCUCUGCUGGAGUUUCAUUUCGUUUUCUUUCUUCGGUUGACUUGUGUAACUGUUGAUCAUGGCUACUACUUCAUACUUUGCAAAUGUCCUGAAUCAAUCAAAAGAAGCUAACUCAAAGGAACCCCCUUCAUUUUCUUUUUCAGUACCUGCAACAAGUAAGAAGGAUAAUGAGACAAACAAACUACUUUUUACUUUGGGAAAACCAGCAGAUAAUCCAACCCAGGACAAAAAUAAGGACAGCACUUCUAAAAGCAAAAACAAAGACAAGGAAGUGACCAAAGAUGUGUGGCCAAAUUUACAUCUACUCGAGACUCCAUGGAGAUCAGUGAACUGGACCUCGGAAUCCAGGGAGGAACUGAUGGAGAAGGUUGAGUCAUACAAGCCGGCCAGCGGUGCUGUGUCUGAGGCUAGAGUCCUGCUUCUGGGUCCUGUUGGUGCAGGAAAGUCCAGUUUCAUUAGUUCUGUGCAGUCUGUCUUUUCUGGCCGUGUCGUGAACCGGGCCAUGGUGGGCUCAUCUGCCUCUGUAGGCUUUACAAAAAAGCUCCAGGCAUUUCCCAUCAGACGUAGUGGAGAGAGUUCAGACUCCACCGCUUUGACCCUGUGUGAUAUUAUGGGGAUUGGAGACUCAACUGGACUAAGCCUUUAUGAUGCGCUCUGUGUUGUUAAGGGACAUGUAAUAGAGGGACAUCAGUUCAGUGCUGAAGAGCCGGUGAGAUCUGACACCAUGGGCUUCAUAAAGAAACCCACCCUCAAAGACAAGAUUCACUGCGUGGUGUUUGUGGUGGAUGCAUCAAAAAUCAACACUUAUGCCAAAGGACUGAGCACCACAUUCCAGCAGCUUCGAGAACACAUCAGCAGCCUGGGUGUGCACCAGGUGGCGCUUCUGACUCACGUGGAUGAAGUGUGCACAGUCACGUCUCGUGACGUCAGCCAGGUGUACAGGAGCCGUGAUGUUCAGCAGCUGAUGGUGAAAGCCGGAGAGCUUAUUGGAAUGGCCACAUCCUACAUCGUGCCUGUGAGGAACUACUCCUCCCAGCUGGAGCUCGAUGACAACAUAGAUAUCUUACUGCUCAGUGCUGUCGACCACAUCCUGCAGUACGUUAAUCUGUACUUCCAGGACACCGCUGUGGACUAUAAAGUUACCAACUAGAAGGCAUUUCAUUUAUCGUUUUUUUAUUUUUUUUAUUCACUUGUUUAAUAGUCCGGGCCUGUUCUGUGUGGGAGUUAAUUUUGUGUAUUUUAAUUUGAAAUAACAUACAAAGCUAAUAACAAUAGGUAAAGUUUGGGGUGGUGUCAAGGGGGGCCCCCUAGUGGCUCAAAUAUGUCACUAUAUUAAGUCUUAAAUAAGUUAAAUGAAAACAUUCCGUGUACAGUACAAAUAUAGCAGCUGUGAAAAUUAACCCUCGUAAUAUAUGUUAAUUCCAUUGAUAAUGCGCUAAAAACAUUGACGUCCUUAAUAAGGCAUGCUUUUUUAUCUUUCUCGAGGCCUCGUUGAUGCUGCUGUAACAGUGAUAGUCAUAGUUUUCUGUAUCGUAGUACCACUUUCGGCCGCUAGUGGCGCUCUUUGUACUGCUCCUCUCAUCCAGCAAGGCUUACAUGACUGGAAUGUACUGUGUAUUAAUCUGCUUUGUGUCCUUUUGUUUCUAAGUUUUUAAAAUAUUUACUCUUUAUAAGAAGUUGACGUCUGUUUAUCCGCCUUUUAGGGCAUCAAAAUGCAGGACUCUCUAAAGUGGUAUUUUUUAAAGAAAUUACUAAGUAUAUGUCUUCUGUGAAGUUCUAACACAAAAUUAGUUUGUGCUUAACUUAAUGGUUAGCACUGUUUCCUUGGACCUUCAGGAUUAUGGUUCUCCCCGUGCUUGGUGGGUUUCCAGCGGAUACUCCGGUUUCCUCCCACAGUCCAAAGACAGGCCGGUAAGGGUAAUUGACAUUUCCAAAUUGAUCCUGAAGUGUGUGUCUCUGUCCAGGGUGUACCCUGCCUUAUGGACUAAGUUGACCAAGUGUUAAACUCCACCAAUGCCUACACCAACAGCUAAAAAACAUGUCUGUAAUAAAGUGGUAAUAGUAGUUCGUGUAAAUAAGUAUUUAAGUGCAAGAUGUUACAACCACAAUGUAUUCAUGGACCAAACCCAGCGAUCCCAGAAUAAGUUCCUGCUCCACAGUGCCAAAAAUCUGGAAACUGAGAUGGAUAGGUGGGUUUAAAAAAUGUUGAAAUGCUUUUAUUUCUAUACUUCUAUGUCAUGUCAUUAUUAUUUUUAGUUUGACUGCAAUCUUGAUUGCACUCUUUGUAAACAUUUUUUUAUAGGUAGGGAUGUGACCAUGACCUAAUGCAAUGUGAGCAUUGUAUUUUUUGUUUGCCUUGUCUUUUUGGUGUUGGUUGGCAUCCAUUAUAUUGCAUUCCCGCCACCAUGUGCCGCCUGUUUGUCCUUUUUCCUGAUUGCUUCAUUCCUUUAUAUGGUGUUUCAAAACAGUAUACAGAUAAUGAUGUCAUACUUCGCAUCUUCUUUCAUUUUGUUUUCAUUUUUCUCUUUUAUGAUCACAAAUAAAAACUUUAGUCAUGGAAGUUUAGCCUGUAAAAUGUUUAGCUUUACCAGGUGAGCUUAUCAAUAAAUAAGAACUGUUUAAAAAGA